AUGGAACGUUCUAAACGGCCAGUGCUUAUUACUGCUGGAAAGGUGGUAGAUGUUACAGUCCGAACAUUCGUAUCGGAAGAAAGCUCAAAUAACUUGGAAACGAAUCUCAUGUUAACAUAUGUCGCCGAUUGUACUUCGUUCUUUUUUAAGCUUCUGCCAUUUCUUCAAAAUAGUGAGAAAAUUAAAGGGUGUAUCAAUUUUUUCGGACAGAAAAAUUUUGCACCAAAAACCCACCACGAAAAGAACAUUACAGAUGAGUGCAUCUGGAUAUGCCGCAGAAAUUCCACCGUUUACUUUUAUGGUGUCUUGUUGGUAAUUCUUGGUUGGAAUUUCCCUGUGUUAUUUGUUAAAGGACGAAAUCUUCCGUUACGUUUGUGGUUACCAUAUGACCCCUCGUCUGCCACUGUAAACUACUAUUUUACUUUUGUCUACAUCGCUACAGUUACAUUAUAUGUUAGUUAUUCUGGUACAUUAGUAGAUACUCUGAUUGGUGGUUUGGCGUAUCAUGCAACCGCUCAGCUAAAGAUUUUAAAACAUAACUUGGAGCAUCUUGACCAACAUCUAGAAGAUAAGUUGAAUAAAAGUAAUGAACACAUCUGGAAAGUUGUAUUGACCACCACAAGAAAAUUUUGUGUUUUUACCGUAGCCCGUCAAAAUAGCCCCGACAAAAUAGCCCAGCAAAAAUACAGAUCUUCUGAGGUACCAUUGGUACCAACCCCAUUUCUACCCCCACCCGUUUCACUGUCCAAUUCAAUGUUUAUAGGCGAAUACGAAGAAUGCUUCUCUUGGAGUAUAUUCUGCCAAUUUGCUGGAAGUAUGUUUUCUGUAUGUUUUUGCUACAUCAGUCUAACUCUAGUUCCUUUACACAGUGUAGAAGCUUUGACAUAUUUUGUGCUGGUAUUUAACCUUAGUUUUCAAAUAUUAUUCUACUGCCAUUAUGGUACAUUACUACAUGAGGAGAACAACUAUUUAAUCACGGCGAUUUGUAUGGGUCCAUGGUAUAAAUACGAUGUUGAAAUUCGAAAAAAUCUACUAAUAAUAAUGGAACGUUCUAAACGGCCAGUGCUUAUUACUGCCGGGAAAGUGGUGAAUGUUACAGUCAGAACAUUUGUUUCGCAUAUUCACAAAGCCAUGUUGUAA